AUGGCGAUCUCUACUUAUAACGCACGUACGCUUGCAACGGAAGCGGAUAUCGAAGAUCUGAUGAUGCAAGUCAAGAAGAUCAAGUACGACGUCAUCGGACUGACCGAGACGAGACGACGUCACCCUCUCAACGUCGUAUAUGAAACUGGAGGAGAACUGUUCUUAGGAACAUACGACAGUAGAGGUGUUGGUGGAGUUGGCGUCCUAGUCAACACGAGUAUGGCAAAGAACAUCGACUCUUUCGAACAACUUACGACUCGAAUCGGACGUCUGCGGAUGAGAAGAUGUGGUCCAACACCAGCUUUGACAAUCUUCGUCGCUUACCAUCAAGCUACGAAGAAGAAGAAGUCGAAGCUUUGUACAUGGACCUGGAGAUGUUCUACCGAGGAGAUCAAGGCUUCUACAAGGUCAUAA